GCGCGUCGCCGCCUGACGCCGAGGGUUGGGGUGUGCAGGGCGCAGAAGUUAUUGCUUUAAACUUACAUACGUAAAACUUUCUUUUUUUCUUCUUCUUCUUUGUAAUAGCUUUAUUUAGCCUUUUACUUCAUAAAAUCGCCGAUUCAUAUUUUUGUUUUUAAUUCAAACGCCACAAAUCUGCCAAAGAUGAUUGAUCAGGUGACCGGAGCGGGGGCUUUGUCCUUCGCCGUCCAGCUCAAAGCUCUUCUGGACCAGGAAGCCCGGUAUCAGCCCAAGCUCUGUGGACUCCGGGUCAUCGAGUCCGCUCAGGAUAACGGCCUGAGGAUGACCGCCAAGCUGAGAGACUUCCAAGUGCGAGACCUUCUCUCCUUGACCCGGUUCUUCGGCUUCGCUUCAGAGACGUUCUCGCUCGCGGUCAGCCUUCUGGAUCGCUUUCUGGCGGUGAUGAAGAUUCAGCCCAAACAUCUGGCCUGCGUGGGUCUCUGCUGCUUCUACAUCGCCGUGAAGACGUCUGAAGAGGAGAAGAGCGUUCCUCUGGCCAGUGACCUCAUCAGGAUCAGCCAGAACCGCUUCACGGUCCACGACAUGAUGAGGAUGGAGAAGAUCAUUCUGGAGAAGCUCUACUGGAAGGUCAAGGCUCCGACCGCCCUUCACUUCCUCCGAUUCUUCCACUCUCAGAUUCAAGAGCAGCUGGACGCAGAAAGUAGGAGGACUCUGAACGUGGAGAGGCUGGAGGCUCAGCUCAAGGCCUGCCACUGCUGCUUCACCUUCACGAAACUCAAGCCGUCGCUGCUGGCUCUGGCUCUCCUUGCUCUGGAGGUGGAGGAUCAGCACGAGUUUGAGCCAGUCCCGGCUCUCAGAGACGCUCUGGACGCUCUGCAGCGCAGCUUGACCGUGAAAGCCGGAGACCUGGUCUGUGUGAGGGAGCUCGUGGCUAAAUGCCUGGCCGAGUACGCCACCACCAAGUGCCUGAAGCCCAACGGCCAGAGACUGCGCUGGAUGAUCUCGGGCCGGACCGCCCGCCAGCUGAAGCACAGCUACUACAAGAUCGCCCACCUUCCCACCAUCCCCGAGUACGCUUGCUAACGCUUACCCCUUCCUUUCCUCCGCCUCAGUUCUCUUCGAUUGUAUUUAUUUCCCGCCGGCGGAGGGCGAGUAAAGCUUUACGGUGUGUUCGUUUGUGAAUCGACGCCAGACGCGCCGGUCCUUUUAAAGCAAUGAAGUAUAGAACCGCCUAGGUCCUCAGUCCACCGUGUGGAAGAGGAGGGAGAAGGGUUCUGAGAUUCAACACGACAUCAGAACCAAGAGAUCAGGCCCAGAACCCUUAACUCCCACCCUAGGUUGUCAGCUGUCGUAAUGCACACUCCUACCCGUGGUGAUGAAACGAGAUUUUUAUUUUAUUAUUAUUUUUUUUUGGCUUAUGAAAAUGCAGGUUUUAAACGUGCCUCUAAUCGAAAGAGUAACCGCCGACCGGGAUGAAGCUCCUUUUACGCUCGGUUGUGAUUCAUGGCCUCGUGUCACUGGCGUUUAGUUCAUGCCUGGUCUAAAUCGAGCUCUUAAAAAUAAAAGCGAGUGGAUUGAAUUUAAUUUGAGACCUCCUCCUCUGUUUUGGUUGUAAUCUUGAGAGCAGCGUUCUGCAAAAAGUUACGUAGUUGUACCUUUUCAAUAAAGCCUUAUUGGAACGUAA